GAUUACACAAAAAUAAUGAUUAAUUCUAAGAAAACUAUAUUUUUAAUAAUUAAGAUUGAUCACUUUGGAUGUUUAGAAUUGUAGUAAUUGUUUUCAGAGCGUAGUGAUAUAAAAGGUAAUGAAUUUAUAUCCGCUAAACUAAUCUAUCAUACCAGACACAGAUACAUAGAUGCCAGAUAUAGACUGUAAAAGUUCGUUUGCGUUUCUCAGUCUUACCUAUUUCAGACGCCAAGCAGUUUGGUGUGUAAGCUUUAUUUCGGAUGUAUGAUGCAGAUUAUGCAGCAAAAUUACAGUAUAAGAGGUUCAGUGGUAUUUUUGUCCUCUAAAAUAGAAACGCAUGAAUCAUGAGUGUCAUAUAAUGACGUGAUGUCUGUAGUACUGUUCAUGUAUAGACGACAGUUAUUGCUUACCAUAAGGUGGGCCGACAGCUUGUUUGCCAUUUCAAUCAGUCCAAAAAACUUAAUGAAACGGACUGUAGGUACCAUAAGUUAGUAACAAUUAUCACUUCUUAUAAGUAUUAUUGUAUUUUAGCCACAAAUCAAAAGUCCUCUGUUGUCCAUUAUGGUUAUCUAUAAGUUGGAUCAUAAUCAUAGCCGUUAUGUCUGGAAUUAUAUGCGCUUAUCGGAUUUAUUCUUGCGAAGCAUCUACUUCAAAGUACAUGACUGCCAGUAUGAAAAACUACAGAAAUUUUUCAAAAUAUAAACGGUUUAUUGACAAUUUACAAUGGUCAUUAAAAUGCUGUGGGUUCAACUCAUACAAAGAUUGGUUCAAUCAUAAUUGGUAUGACCAAAUAAAAGAUUAUGAGUGGGAUCCAUCCACAAGUAGACGUAAUAAACAAGAAUCAUUUUUAACUGACAGUGUACCUUUGAGCUGCUGCAAAAGUGGCUCCUGCAUAUCCAAUUAUCUAACAGAGCUUGGCACAUACUCAAUAAAUACUAAAGGCUGCGGUGAACGUGUACGUCAAUGUAUUAUGGUAUUAAUGUCGGCAUAUCUAGUAUUGUUCCUUGCAAUAAUAAUUAUUGAGAUGUUGAUUCUGAGGUUUAUAAACAAACAGAGUAAUCGUUCUGUAUAUCGUCGAUCUGAAAAAAAAGCAGAAGUUAGGCACAUAAUGUCGGUAAACGACAAAUUUGAUGCAUCCAGCGGUUCAUGUCAAUUAGAUCCCGAAGAAAGUGAUGACGAAGAAGCAUCCAUGAACAUUGUCGAAAAUUUAAAAAUGGAUGUUUUCAAAUAAAUUACAAUACCUAUUAGAUACCUAUCUAAUUCCAGUUUAUGAUCUGGAUACCAAAUCCGAUACAAUAUUAACAUGGUAUUUUUGUCAGUAAUAAAUUGGGUGAGAAGUCGAGGCCCUGAUGAAUAUUGGAGAAAAAGGAAAAUUUUUCGUCUAUC